UCCUCUCUCGCCUAUUAGUCGACGAUUUAACUAUUUCCGCGAUACAUGACUAGUUUCACGAGGUCGUGGAACAAAUGCACAUUAAAAACACGAAAAAUAUGAUCGAGAUCAAGUGAAACCGUAUUUUUAUUCGACCAGAACGAAUAUAUUAGUGUAAAGUCGUGUGUAGUUUAAAAUUAUCGAAUAGUGAAUUGUUUUUGCGAUGAUUUUAUAUAGUUUUACGCUUUUUUUGCUAGUCGCAACUGUUUCUAGUCAAGGGUAUUUUAACGUUAUUGGUCCAAGAAUCAUCAAACCAAACACAGAUUACCAUUGUGCCAUCAGCGUCCAAGCUACAUCUCAACCAACUUCUAUUACAGCAGUGCUCCAAGGAGCAUCUUACAACGGAACGCCAUUGUUCAGCCAAGACCAAGUGGUCAUACCACCGUAUAGCACCAGAAUAUGCGAACUGAAGGUUGGUAAUCUCGAAGACGGAGAAUAUGAACUGGAGAUUCGUGGUACCGGAGGAGCCGAUUUCGUUACCGGUUACCCGCUGCAGUUCCUCAAAAAAUCGUAUACAGUACUUGUCCAAACCGAUAGGCAAGUGUACAGACCUGGUAGUACCAUUCUCUUCAGAGCUAUUGUAUUAAACUCUCAACUAAAACCAGCUGCAGAGGUCAGGAAUGAACCAUUGCAUAUAUUGGUCUCCGAUGGUUCUGGCAAUGUAGUGAAGGACUGGAGGAGAAUUGAGGCUGUGAGGGGAGUCUUCACUGGCGAGGUGAACUUAGGACAACACCCCGUUUUAGGCAAGUGGAAUAUAUCAGUGGAAAUACACGGACAGACCUAUCACAAGUCCAUCGAAGUUGUUGAGUAUAUUUUGCCAAAGUUUAUGGUCAAUAUUGACUCCCAAAGACACGUUACCUUCAAGGGUAAUGUCAUUAGAGCAAAGAUUGAUACAAAAUACAACCAAGGGAAUAAGGUAAAAGGAGAAGCUACAGUAUCAGUUUACCCGACCAUAUACUCCGGAGUAAUCCAGCCCAUAUUCCAGAACCCUAUUCGAAAAGUUUUCCCAAUUGACGGUAGCGAAACUGUUGAAUUCGACAUAGAACGUGAUUUACAGCUCAACGAUGAAUAUGAGAGAAUAGUUAUUUUAGAUGUUGCUGUUGAAGAAAAGCUAACUGGAAGAAGGCAAAACAACAGUAUGGAGAUACAUAUUCAUAAAUAUGACUACCAUAUGGAUCUGAUCAAGUCGGCUGACUAUUUCAAACCGGGGCUGAAAUAUACAGCAUACGUCAAAGUAUCCAACCACGAUGGCACACCAAUAAAAAUCAAUCCUCAGGAAGUUAUUGUUAAACACGGAUAUUCCAGAGUAGAUGAAGUAUAUGAAGAAAACAGGUACACUUUAGAUAAUAAUGGUUUUUUGAAGCUGGAAUACCUGACUCCAGCUAAUGUUACAAAUGGAACUGCAUUGAGAAUAGAGGUUGAGUUCCGCGAUCUCAAAGAAAGAAGCACUCCCAUUCCAGCCGCAGUCUCCUUCAGUGGCAACUUCCUCCAAGCCACUCUAGAAACCGACCGCCCUAUCGUCAACCUGGACGUGGAUAUUUCGGUCAACAGCACCAAGCCAAUGCAGUACUUAAACUAUAUUCUGAUGGCGCGCGGAGAUGUGAUCAGUACGAAUAGUUUUCAAAUAGAGAACCGAAAGCAAUUCAAUUUUCACUUUACUGCCACUCAUGCCAUGGUUCCUGUUUGUCAUUUGAUCGUCUAUUAUGUAACUGAAAAUGGAGAAAUGAUUGGAGAUGCUUUGGAUAUCGAGAUCGAUGGUCUCCUACAGAAUUUUGUUGAUUUCCAACUCAAUACUUUUGAAAGCGAACCAAACCUUGAUGUAGAGUUUACUAUCACAGCUCAGCAGAAUUCUUAUAUAGGUUUAAUGGCUGUAGAUGAAAACGUAGCACGUCUGAAAGACGGUUAUGAUCUGUCAUUGGGAAGUAUCGCAGAGGAAUUAAAGAUGUACGAUGUGGCCCACGGAACACCGUAUCCUCAUUUCCGAAGUAACUCCAAGAUGAAGCUAUCGUGGUAUCCUGGAGCUAGCAAUUUACACAAUGCUAUAUUUGAAUCAGGUGCUGACAUUGCUACCAACACUAGAAUCAACAGAUAUAAACCAACAUUGGAAGAUAUUUACCUUCGUCCAGUUUUCUACGGUCCUUCAACAGUCAAACCAGACAGAGGCCUCGGUCUUCCUAUACAUGCAGCAACUAGACCACCGUUGGCGGGUCCUUAUGCCUUCAGCAGGAUACCCAGACCAGUGUGGAAUAGACCCAAAGUUUAUCUUGCGCAAGAUAUUGCUGAAACAUGGUUGUUUAAUAACUUUUCAACUUAUGAAGGAAAGGCUUCUAUUAGGAGGAAGUUACCGGAUACUUUGACCACUUGGUCAGUGACAGGUUUUUCGUUGGAUCCCUUGCAUGGACUGGGAUUAACUACUACAGAAAAGAAAAUCAAGGUUACCAAAUCCAUGGUGGUGAUGUUAGACUUGCCAUAUUCAGUCCAAAGGGGAGAAAUCUUAAGUAUUCCAGUCGUAGUUCAAAAUAAUGUCAACGAAGAUAUCACAGUUGAUGUCACAUUGCACAAUUCUGAACAUAAGUUUGAUUAUAUAGCUUCUACUGAAGAUAAUACUGUUAAAAGGGUGGAAUUAUAUCGCAGAAAAAGACUGCAAGUAGCGAAGAAUAGCGCAGCUGCAGUAUCGUUCAUAAUCGUGGCAAGCACUAGUGGUUUUAUACCGAUCAAAGUGACAGCCAGCAGUCCCAAAAAUCAAGACGUCGUCGAAAAACAAUUAUUAGUAGUACCUGGAGGAGAAACUGAAUAUUACACGAAAUCCGUUCUCAUCGAUGCCAGAACCAACCCCAACUUCAAGAAAUCGAUAAACUUCACUAUUCCGAAAAACGCUGUUGAGGGUUCAGAAAAAGUAGAAGUCUCUGCUGUGGGAACCUUCUUGGCUCCAGCUAUGAUCCAUCUGGACAACGUCAUUCGGUUGCCGACUGAUUGUGGAGAACAGAAUUUGGUUCAUUUAAUGUCGAACUUAGUAAUUUUGCAAUACUUAAGGGUGAGCAACCAGCUUACUCCAACUAUCCAAAAUGAGGCUGUUAAAAAUUUGGAAACAAGCUAUCAACAGCAGCUUACAUUCAAGAGAAAAGAUGGAUCGUUUUCGCCUUUUGAGUGGAGGGAUUCAAAAGGAAGUGUUUGGGUCACAGCUUACACUGUUUUAGCGUUGAGCCAAGCCAAAAACUUCAUUUUUAUUGACGAAAGAGUUAUAGAAAACUCCACAAAUUGGUUAACUGAUGUCCAAGGCAAGAAUGGUAGUUUUUAUGAAACAGGCAACAUCAUCCAUACCGAAUUACAGAACAAUUCUGGAAACAGUUUAGCUUUGACUGCUUUCGUGGUUAUGGCACUGCGUGAAAGUUCUCUGCGAAAUGAUCCAACAAUUGUGAACGUCAUCAACAAAGGUUUAGACUACCUGGCAAGAAAUAUAGAUGAAUCUGAAUCAAUCUACACUAUUGCUCUGUGCAGCUACGUGCUGCAGAUCACAGGACAUACAUCCCGACAAAGUGCUUUCAAUCUAUUGGACUCCAAAGCACAAACCAAAGAAAACCUAAAAUGGUGGGCGAACCCAUAUCCUAAAAGCGAAGACAAGAACCCUUGGAGGAAAUUACCCAGGUCUAUCGACAUAGAGACCACUUCCUAUGCCCUUAUGACCCUUAUAGAGGCAAAUCUACUAGAAGACUCUGUGCCUGUUCUGGAGUGGCUACUCAGUCAACAGAACAAUCUUGGGGGAUUCACAUCGUCACACGAUACUGUGGUAGGACUGCAAGCUUUGUAUAAAAUAGUAAGCAGGAUAGCGAGUCCUACGAACAUCCAAAUAGAGUUUCAGUAUGGAAAAGAUGGUACGGGAAAAUUUAGCCUCAAUAGGAACAAUUUAAUGAUUCAGCAAAGUACAGAGAUUGAAAAAUCUACACGAGAAGUUAAUGUGACAGCUCAAGGCACAGGUAUGGGUAUGUUCAAAGUAGCAUAUCAGUACAAUACCAACGUGACAGGACCUUGGCCUAUGUUUACUUUAGACCCUCAAGUGGACAAGAACUCCAACAAUUAUCACCUACAGGUUUCCAUAUGCAUAGCAUUUGUGGGCCACAACCUAUCGAACAGUAACGAAAGCAAUAUGGCUGUCAUGGAAGUGACACUACCUUCUGGAUUUACAGCAGACAUUGAUGCCUUACCUAGUUUGGAACUCUCUGAAAACGUCCAAAGAGUGGAAACCAGAAACAAAAUGACGAAAGUGUUGUUGUAUUUUAAUAAUAUCACUAAUAUUGAGUACUGUCCCACCAUAUCAGCCUACAGAACGCACAAAACAGCUAAGCAGAAGCCUGUUCCUGUGGUUUUGUAUGACUACUAUGACAGCUCAAGAAGAGCCCGUGUCUUUUAUCGAGGCCCCAGAACUCAUCUAUGCGACUUAUGCGAAGAAGAGGACUGCGAAAGUGUCUGCAAAGCUGAAGCCAACGCCAGGGAGUCUCGAGAGAGGAGAAUAGGAGGAUCAGAUGAUGGUGGAGGUGCAGAAACUAGUCACAUGCAUAUAAUAUGUGCGAUACUCGUGCCUCUGGUGAUGAUAGCAAUGAAUUGGAGUUAACCAUACGCUAUUUUAAUGAUUAUUACUUACAGCUUGUUCCUAUUAACAAUCAAUACUAGAAGUUAUCGUUGAAACAUGUAUUUAGUAUAUUGAACAAACAAGUUUUUAAUUCUA